CGAGAGUGGUUCGAGUAUAAGGGGCGAACCCAAGUGUCAAAUUUCGCGACACCGUUUCAAAACUUACACGGCCAAAACCCGGAAGCCGAAUGCAAUCGUUGUAAAAAGCGAAGAAUUAGAUCUUUUUUCGCUCGCUUUGGGCCCUUCGUUGGGUCGAUUUAAACAUGGGUUGUUGCAGCUCGAAGCAGGAUGAAAAACAAGAUGGGGGUGACGGAGACCAAGCGAACGGGAAUGGAGAAAAAUUUGUGCUUCAGAAAACGCCACCGCAAUCUCCGAAGGAAGAUGAAACACAGGACACAAACGAUGGCAAGGUUUUUGUAGCGCUGUACGAUUAUGAGGCGAGAACGGACGAAGAUUUGUCGUUUCAGAAGGGAGACUUUUUAGAAGUCAAACCGGAGAACUGUGAGUUUGACUGGUGGAUGGCAACGUCUCGUUCGACAGGAAAAUCUGGCUAUAUUCCGAAUAACUACGUUGCAGAGGUCAAGACUCUGGAGGCAGAAGAUUGGUACUUCGGGAAGAUUAGCCGAGUGGAGACACAGAAGUUGCUCCUUGCUGACGUAAAUGAUCACGGAUCUUUUCUCAUCCGAGAAAGCGAGUCUGUACCCAACACUUAUGCUCUGUCGCUUCGGGAUACGAACGCUGUCAGGCAUUAUAAAAUAAAGAGGUUGGAUUCUGGUGGGUUUUACAUAUCAAAGAAUCAUGAUUUUGAAAGCCUGCAGGCCAUGGUGCAGUUCUAUCUUCAGGAACCGGAGGGUUUGUGUUGUAGGCUUGUUGCGCCUUGUAAAAAGAUCGAUGUUCCUCAAACUAAAGGCAUAUCUCACAACAUGGCCGACAAAUGGGAGAUUGAUAGAAACGCUUUAACCUUCAAAUCAAGGCUUGGUGCAGGUAACUUUGGUGAAGUGUGGGAGGGCCUUUGGAACAAGACAACAAAAGUUGCAAUUAAGACACUGAAAGAAGGGACGAUGUUGCCGGGAAAGUUCUUGGAAGAGGCCGAGAUUAUGAAGAAAUUGAUUCACCCAAAGCUGGUUCAACUGUUUGCGGUGUGCUCUAGAGAGGAACCAAUAUAUAUCGUGACAGAGUUGAUGGAAAAUGGUAGUCUUUUAGAUUACCUCAGGGGACCAAGUGGAAAACAAAUGAAGACGCCAAAAUUGAUAGACAUUGCAACUCAGGUUGCUCAGGGAAUGGCCUUUCUGGAGAAACACGGCUACGUCCAUCGUGAUUUGGCUGCGCGCAACGUUUUGGUCGACAAAAAUGUAAACGUAAAAGUUGCCGAUUUUGGUCUGAGCCGAUCUGUUGUUGAGGAUGAAUACGUUGCACACGAGGGCGCGAAAUUUCCAAUCAAGUGGACAGCGCCCGAGGCCUGCCUGACCAACGCUUUCUCUACAAAAUCUGAUGUCUGGUCAUUUGGCGUCUUAAUAUCAGAGCUUGUGACCUACGGACGCAUUCCAUACCCAGGAAUGGCUAACCAUGAGGUUAUUCGGAAAAUUGAGGAGGAAGAUUACAGAAUGCCGAAGCCUGGAAAUGCACCGGCGAAGUUGUACAAAGAUAUCAUGUUAAAAUGCUGGGCAAAGGAACCCGACGAUCGUCCAACGUUUGAAACUCUUAGCUGGCAACUAGACGAAUUCUUUAGUGAUGACACCCAAUAUAAAGAGGCUGACGAAGUUAAUACAAUUAAAUAAUUCAGGUAUCGCUCUUAUGUUGACUUUUUUUAGUUAUUUCUUGUAUGCUGAUUGGUUAAACUAAAUGAUAGGUUUUUUGUAAGAUGCAUACACUCUCUCGAACUUUAUCAUAUAUCGUUAAAAUGAAUUUUAUAAUGAUUUAUUACCCGUGUAUAAAACGAUCUCUAUUAAUUAAAUAUCCGCCCGGAGUCAGGGGGGAAUGUACCUAUAUAAUGCCAGUUUAGUUUAUGGCA